UCAUUCGCUUUUAAUCAUUCACAAGUUUUCCUUUGUUGAAUCCAAUUGGAACUUAUACAUACUUGUACAUAGCUGAAAAUAUUGUGAAAUUUUAUUGAAAACUCGAAAUUUAAUUUAAAAUUGCGAUGUUUCUCAAAAGUUUCAUAGCAAUUGGUCUCGUACAUCUACUCCGGUUUCAUGGAAUCAAUGCCGAAACGUGUGUCCGCGACGGAUACGAGGAAGAAUGUAGUGGUUUCUAUGAGACCUGUCCGGACGGCUUCACUCGUGAGUUUUACGAAGUCCCGCAUGCCGUUGUGCAAUGCCGAUGUGUUCGAGGCUUGACGGCGCAGGAGUAUCAGGACUAUCUCGCCUGUAAAUGCCGUAAUGCUGUCAGCAGUUGUAAUCCCGACGGCGGAUUUGGAGCGCGAUACCAAUGCGGUAUUGCGUGGCGAGACUGUUCCGAUACUGUCAAGACUGGACUAUGCAGCGGCGAUCUGACCAAUUCAAAAUGGAGAGGGUACUGCUGCGACGACGUAAUUGGGAACUGCAUUACCACAGUUGACAAAGCCACCGCAAAUGGGACUGUGCCCCAAAAUUCGCAAGAUAUAGUCACCCUGUGCGGAACUCACACAGCCGAAUGCCUCAGUAAUGCCCAAAUAAGCGACCUGUACUGCCCCCGACUAGCAACUCGUUGUCUUCAAUCGGUAGAGAACGCUACAAUAGCUGGCAAAUUGUUCACAAGUAGGGACAACGUGACACAACUUUGUGGCACCGAAGCGGUCAAAUGCCUGCCGGAUUACAGAAUUACGAACAUAUAUUGUCCCGCACUCGUAAGCCAGUGUACCAAACUGAUUCAAAACAGUAGCGAAUCCAUUGUCCGGAAUGAGCUUGAUGUUCCAAAACUUUGCGGAGCGGAAAUCACGACGUGUCUUAGUAAUAGCGAAAUUCGAAAUUUUAUCUGCGCGCCUCGCCUCGCUAGGUGUGAGAAGAUGAUUGAAAAUGCGACAUUUGCUGGAGUCCUGCUGAAUAAUACGAGCCAAAUUGAGCGGGUUUGUGGCGCCGGAAUAGCUUCGUGUCUGGAUGAUGCUACGAGAGAAAAGUUGCUCUGUAGACAUCUCCUCGUCCGCUGUAAACUUACAUUGGUUGGCGUCAUCACGGUGGAUUUUCUUAUCCGGGCUAACGAUCGAGAUAAGGUUUGUGGUAAAAACGUGCCGGAAACACUGACUUGUAUUGAGAAGAGGAUAUUUGGAUCCACUUUGGUACAAAGUGUUCCUCCGGUGCUUGGUGGAGCGUAUGGCAGAAUUAGACGAAUCGGUUAUGAAUCACCGCUAACUGGAUUACUUGAGUCUCCCCGUAAUAGUCUUUCGGGAUUUGGCAAUUUGUUGGGUUAAUUGAAAAACGCAACGUCAGCCUGACGUUCAAAAUACCUAAAUUGUAGAACUAAAUAGAUAAAUUGGUUAAUAAAAUUAUAUGCUGUUUAAAAAAUUCAACUUGGGAUAUCUUUAUUUUAAAUGAUUAUUUUUGUCCAAUAGAUACUCUGCUUGAUUGUGCCUUUUUAAAUUUAGGUUGUGCGACGAAUAUUUGGUUAAAAAUAAAUUUUCGCCCUUGGCU